CGUCACGUCACGUGAUCUUAGCCCCACAGUAAAGAUGGCAUUUUUUGGUUUUGGUCCUUUCUCGACAGAAAUAGGGUCACUGAUCGAGCAAGCGACAGACAACUCUGCUUCGGCCGGAAAUAUAGCCCUCCAUCUUCAAAUCUGUGACGCUAUCAACUCUUUCGAGACAGGUCCUAAAGAUGCUGUGGCUGCCAUUAGAAAGCGAUUAACUGGAAGCAUGAAGAACUUUCAUAUCAUAAACCUAACCCUGACCGUACUGGAAACCUGUGUCAAGAACUGUGGUCCUAUGUUUCAUGGAAGAAUAGCUACUAAAGAAUUUCUAAAGGACCUUACGAAUGUUAUACAACCCAAAAAUAAUCCUCCUACCAUAGUACGAGAGCGUAUAUUAGGACUAAUACAGUAUUGGGCAGAUGCCUUUAAAGCUAAUCCAGAGCUAGCAGCUGUCAAUGAAGUGUAUCAACAAUUGAAAAACGAUGGUGUUGAAUUCCCACCUCUGGACUUGGACACGUUUGCUCCAAUCAGCACGCCUUUUAGGCCAGAAGGUGGUUCACAGCAAGUGCAAGAGAGACCGUCUCAACAGCAACCAUCAUCGUCUCAUCAGGUUGUGGGUGGGGCCAGUCCUAGAGGGGGCGGGAGACCUAUUAGAAGUCUUAAACCCGAACAAAUUGCAAAAUUAUUGUCAGAACUUGAUGUAGUGAGAAGAAAUCUUGAUGUAAUGAAUGAGAUAUUGGUAGAGAAUGAGCCAGGCAAAGAGUCAGAAGAUGAUUAUAGUUUGAUGCAAGAGCUAAACACUACAAUGAGAUCAAUGCAGGAAAGAGUGACAAUACUAAUAGGAAGGGUGCAAGAUGAGAUAGUGAUGGAGAGUUUGCUACAGAUUAAUGAUGAGCUGAAUGGUUGUUUCACACGGUACGACCGUCACAUGAAGAAUAGGAAGGCAGCGGCUGCUAAUGUAAGCGGAAACGAAACGAGUUUCACUGAUCCAGUGAUUGACUUGCCUCCUCCAAUGGAUUCUACUGCUCCUUCAAUUAGCUACCCUUCAUUAGAUGAUGAACCUCCUCCCCAGUAUGAGAAGGAAGAUUCGUCAAGAGGAGGUGGUGAUGAAGCUGUUGGUCAACUCAUUGAUCUGGGGAUUGAUUUGAGUGCUCCUCCUCCUCCUCCCUCUACUGCUGGUGGUGGUAAUGAUAUAGUACAACAAUUGGCACAAAUAGGUAUAACUUCUGAUCCUGCACCCUCGAUGGGUGGAGUAGGGGGAGGUACUUCUAGUAAUCUUCUCUCCUCGGGCCAAAACGAUUUUGACAUGUUUGCACACAGUCGACUGGCAUACAGUAACACUAGUGAGGGAUCCACAUAUGAAGAUAAUAGACAGGAGCAAGGGACAUCUUUAACUUCUGCACUUCUACGUCAGCCACAACCUGAACCAAUACCUGCUAAUCAAUAUGAAAAUCUAUCAGAAUGGGUAGGAGCUACAAGUAAUGACACACAGCAGUCAACCCAACAAGAUCAAGCAACCAGUGCUGAGUUUGAUCAGUUUUUAGCUGACAGGGCAGGUAAGGGCAGUAAGCACAGACCACAGAUGCAGAAACACGAAGAACUAAAUGACGAAUUGUUCCAGCUGUAAAAUAAAAUUAAAUAUUAAUGAUUAUAUUGGACUCUACAUAUUUUAGUUAGCUUCAGCGUUUGCCGCCUUUAAUUUGUCUCUCUUUCCUUUUCCCCUCUCUUCCUCUCAAUGUGUGAACUAUUUCAUUAUCUGUUGUUUAUAGUUAUUAAUGUUGUUGCUCUUUGUUUUCUUAAAAUCAAUAACUAUAUCACACACAAAA